AUGCUCGCCGCUCCUCUGAGUUUAGGCCACACGGAGACGAAACGUAUCUAUGCAAUUCCAUGAUCAAAGCCCAUCUGGAUAUGCGCCAAUUCGAUCAGUGUUUCACUCUUUACAGAGACCUGAGGAGGGAGUCAUGUUUUCUGCCCAAUAACUUUACUUUUACGACGUUGGCGAAGUCUUGUGGUUUGGGUAUGGCGUUUUGGGAGGGUUUAGGGGUACAUUGUCAGGUAUUGAAGAUUGGAUUUUGCUUGGAUUUGUAUGUCUCGACAGCACUGGUUGAUAUGUAUGCAAAGUUGGGAAUGAUGGGUUGUGCAGGAAAGUUGUUUGAUGAAAUGACUGAGAGAAGUAUAGUGUCGUGGACGGCUCUCAUUUGUGGAUACGCAAAAUCUGGGGAUUUGAACCAUGCCAGGAAACUUUUCGAUCAGAUGACUGAGAGAAAGGACCCUGUGUUAUAUAAUGCUAUGAUUGAUGGUUAUGUUAAAUUAGGAGAUAUGGAUUCAGCUCGAAGUUUGUUUAAUGAGAUGCCUGAAAGGAAUGUGAUUUCUUGGAGUUGCAUGAUUCAUGGUUACUGCAACAGCGGUGAUGUUGGAUCUGCUAGAUAUCUGUUUGAUGUGAUGCCAGGAAAGAACCUGAUAUCUUGGAACACGAUGAUUGGUGGGUACUGCCAAAAUAAGCAACCACAUGAAGCACUGAAACUGUUUCAUGAAUUGCAAUCAAGCAUGCCAUAUGAACCAAAUGAUGUAACAAUUGUAAGCAUCCUUCCUGCUAUUGCUGAUUUGGGCGCUCUUGAUUUGGGUGGUUGGAUUCACCAAUUCGCUAGGAGGAAGAAACUUGAUAAAGCAACCAAUAUAUGUACUGCCCUUAUCGAUAUGUAUGCAAAAUGUGGAGAAAUAGAAGAGGCAAAAAGUGUUUUUGAUGAGAUGCCUGAAAAAGAAAGAGCUUCUUGGAAUGCUUUGAUAAAUGGAUUUGCAAUCAAUGGGUGUGCAAAAGAAGCACUGAAAAUGUUUGAAGAGAUGCAAAGCAAAGGAGUUAAGCCAAAUGACAUAACCAUGAUAGGUGUUUUAUCCGCAUGCAGCCAUGGUGGCCUGGUGGAUGAAGGGAAGAGGUGGUUUAAAGCAAUGGAGGAUUUUUCUCUUACCCCCAAAAUAGAACACUAUGGGUGCGUGGUAGACAUGUUAGGGAGGGCAGGGUGUUUGGAGGAAGCUGAAACUUUGAUCAAUAGUAUGCCCUAUGAGGCUAAUGGAAUAAUUAUGAGUUCUCUUCUGUUUGCAUGUGGCUUCUCAAAGGAUGUUACAAGAGCUGAGAGAAUCCUAAAGAAGGUAGUCAAUACAGAGCCAAGUAUAGAUGGAAACUAUGUCCUGUUAAGGAAUCUUUAUGCUGCAGAGAAAAGAUGGAGAGAUGUGGAGGAAAUCAAGGGAUUGAUGAGAAGGAAUGGGGUUAAAAAGGAAGUCGGUUGUAGCGUCAUUGAAGUUGGCAACAGGGUUUCAGAGUUUGUAUCAGGGGAUAGAGUACACCCAAACUGGGAAGCAGUAAGAUCAGUGAUUGAGCAGUUGUGGAUGCACAUGAGGAGACAAAGUAACUAUUCAUCUUGAAGAAGACUUGCUGGCCGGAGUUGAGACAAACCCCGGCAAGUAAGAGAAACAUGAACUUUUAGAUUCACAGGCUGUUUAUCAAAAUUCACUCACGAUUGUCUUAGCCUGACCUUUAUACUAAGAUGACAGACACUACAAUCAUUGUAUAUUGUAUCUCUGUUUCGUCAAAUUUAUAUACUCAUGAUUUUUAUUC